UAUCACGUGCAGUUUCCCGUCUUUUUCCAAAAUGUUUUGAUUCUAUAAAUCGUAUUUCUUAAUACCGAUUUGAUUUGCAUUAUUCUUAAUAAGUAUAUUUCAUACUUUCAUAGUUUAUACUUUAUUUGUUUUACUUUUGUCUUUCACGUCGGGCAGGCCAACAGCCAGUGCGUACUAUUGGAAUAGAGCGCGUCACAAAGGUUUCUCAAACGCAAUCAUGAAAUUAGUCAAAUUUUUGAUGAAACUCAGUCAUGAAACUGUGACAUUAGAACUUAAAAAUGGCACUAGUGUUCAUGGCACUAUUACAGGUGUUGAUGUAGCAAUGAACACUCACCUUAAGGCUGUUAAAAUGACUGUUAGAAACCAACAACCUAUACAUUAUGAAACUCUCAGUAUUCGAGGUAACAACAUUCGGUACUACAUUUUACCUGACUCUCUUACUCUUGAAACCCUAUUAGUCGAUGAUGCUCCUAAAUCACGAAUGAACCGUGGUGGACGAGGAGGUCGUGGAGGGCCAGGAAGAGGUGGUCGUGGACGUGGUGGUCCAAGAGGACGAGGAGGUCGUGGGGGGCCACGUGGAAGCGGUGGUGGACGUGGGCGUGGUGGUCCACCUCGGCGUUAAUACUUGCAUAAAUUCAAUUUGAAAUCAAACUUGUGUAUUUUCAAAUUUGUAUGUGUAUUGGUCUUUUUUAAAAAUAUUUAAACUUUAUUUAUCAAGUUUUAUAAUAAAUUGUCCUAUAUAUUUAA